GGAGGGGACGGGGCUAUGGCGGAGGUCGCGGCAGCCCCGGGCGAGCCCGCGGCGGCGGCGGCGGCCGAGGGCCCCGAGGCCAAGGCGCUGAGCGCGGGGGAGUACGCGCGGCGCGUGCACCAGUGGCUCUGGGACUCGUACUGCGGCUACUGGAGCUGGCAGAGCGGCCUCCCCGCGCUCCUGGCCGCCGCCGCCGCCGCCGCCCCCUACGGCAGCCCGGGCCCGCCCGCCGCCGCCGCCGCCGCCGGCUGCCCGCCGCCGCCGCCGCCCGCCUACUACGCCCCCUGCUACCUCCUGGCCGCCCCCGCCGCGCCGCCGCCGCCCCCGCCCCGCGCGCCGCCCGCCUGGCCGGGAGCCGCCCGCCUGGCCGCGGUGCCCCGGCCCGGCCCCGCCGCCAGCAGCGCCCCGAGGGAGAGCGGCCGGCCGGCAGGUCGGGAAUACAUUAUCCCAUCCUUGGCACACAGGUUUAUAGCAGAGAUGGUGGAUUUCUUUAUUCUUUUCUUUAUAAAGGCAACCAUUGUCUUAAGUAUUAUGCAUCUCAGUGGAAUAAAGGACAUUUCCAAGUUUGCUAUGCAUUAUAUAAUAGAAGAAAUAGAUGAAGACACAUCCAUGGAAGACUUGCAGAAAAUGAUGAUAGUGGCCCUUAUCUACAGGUUGUUAGUCUGCUUCUAUGAGAUUAUCUGUAUUUGGGGAGCUGGUGGGGCAACCCCAGGGAAGUUUCUGCUUGGACUUCGAGUUGUGACGUGUGAUACAUCUGUACUUAUUGCACCAAAUCGUGUGUUAGUGAUUCCAUCCUCUAAUGUUAGCAUAACAACGUCUACAAUACGAGCCUUGAUCAAGAAUUUUUCUAUUGCUUCCUUUUUUCCUGCAUUCAUUACGCUGCUAUUUUUUCAGCAUAACAGAACAGCCUAUGACAUUGUAGCAGGAACUAUUGUGGUAAGAAGAAAUGGAGUCAGAUGAUACCAAAAGAAGCCCAGAUUACCAAACUUUUUUUGAACUCCUAAAAAACAAAGUAAAGAAGACCAUCAGUAUUGGUUGCCCAAAUUAACUGGAGACAGAUUCAGAUGUUAAACAAUGAGUCAUUCCAGUAUGGUGCCAGUGAUUAUCUUGAAAGUAUUGAUUUUUCUUAAAUGCCAAAGACAUUUCAGAGAAAUAGUACCUAUUCAAUUUGGAAGUAUUAACAUUAGAUUGACAGGAAGAAAACUGGUUAUAUUUCUCCAUAACGGACAGUUUCCCUCCAUCUCCAGAAAGGAGAUACCUGGAAAUAUUGCCAUCCUAAGAAGUACUAGUUCUACAACUUGAUUAUUUUAUGGGAAAAAUAAGUUGGAGAAUGUAGUUGUGGUCUACAUUGGUGUUUACAAAACACAUUACAGAGACUAUCCCUUAGAAGGGAUUGCAGUGUUUCUUGGGGGGAUGGAGGCAAAAAUAUAGCUAAUGUGUUUCCAUUAAACCGAUGCAUUGUGCGCUGGUUGGGUAUUAUCAACCCCUUAGAGGCUUAGUGAACUCCUUCACUUCAAGAAUUGUAUUCCUUCACCACUUUUUAAAUGUGUUAUCUAAACAUGUAUUGUGGCAGGUUUUUUGCAUGAUUGUGUUAAGCAUUAAGUCACUUACUAUUUAUGUCUAUCCUAAUGAAGAACUAAAUUAGUUUACUACUUCUUUGUGGGAAGAAUAAAUUACUGUGGUAUUUGUGAAA